CAACCUCCCAUUGCUGCUUUUCUUUCUUUUCUUUUCUUUUCUUUCUUCCGGUUUCCGGGGCGAAACCCGACCGGCGGCAAUGGCGUCGCCGGAGACGUGGACGGACGAGAAGCAUUUCCGCUUCCUGAGCUCGGUGGAGGCGUCCUUCGUCCGCGACGUCUUCGGAAACAAGAACGGCGGCGGCGACGGCGGCGGGGGGCUCCGUCUUGAUCGGUAUCUUCCCGACAGCUCCGAGUCCACCCAGGAUUUGCAGUCCCAGAGAAGGAAGAAGAGCACGACCUCAUCAUCAGACGGCGUGGGAGCGAGGCCGAGAUCGGACGGCAGGCAGGACAAGAGAUCGCACAAGGUUUCAUCGCAAUCCAAUAGAGAUUCCUCUCACGAUCAGGUGGUCCCACAGCUUGCUGAUGUCAUGGUCGAGAAGGGACCCACCAAGUCCAACGCGCCGUAUUGAAGACACGUGGCACCCACGGCCAGCCAACGAGAGA